AUGGCACUAGCCGGCACACGUGCAAACCGUGAGAGUCCGGAGACAAAUUCAAGUGAUGAGAAGUUCUACGUCGUACUUCAGGCAUGCAUGAAGACAUUGGAGAGAUUUAAUUUUUUGGAAGAUGACGUGGAAGUUCUCCAGGUGGGGUGCAUCUGUCUCUGGAACAUGUGUCUUCCGUUUUUCAAUGAAGGGCAAGCAAACAAUGGGAUGGUGCGAAAAGCCAUCGAGUUGAUUGCUCGAAUUUUGGAGAAUAUAAAAAGUAUUAACUACCCUCUCCGAUGUCAAGUGCACUGGUUCUUGGCAAAAUGUUAUGCGGAUCGUGAUUUAUCAGAGGAGGCUUUCCGCGAACUUUCGAAGGCACGAUCGUUUGAUGAAAAUCUGAAGUACGGCGAUAGUAUGGAUCACUUCGCCUUCUGCCUCAAAAGUCGGACCAAGCUGUACACCACACCAAAAAAUCUGGCGGAGCGGGCCAGACAGCUUAUAGAACAUGUCGUGGCCACUGCGACGUUAUCGAAAAGGAACAUUUGGAGCACCGCCUGUCUUACCUUUAAAUCGGCUGAAAGCUGUGCCCUUCCCGAUGAAAAUGCAAACUUGAUUAAGUUUAAUUCGCCUGUUCUGCGGUCCCUACUUCUCGAAGCAGGUGCCAUACUGGCCCCAGGCAAAUUUAAGGAGUUAGUUAGGCUCAGUGAAGGAAUCUCAAGCGUCGUAGCUGACCAAAGUGGAUCGGGCCCGACAGUUCUUCUUCACGAGGUUAAUAAAAAAGUCCUUGAAUUUCGUGAAAACUGGGAAAAUUCGGAAGCUAUUCUUACAGACGGUAUGCAGCCGACAAGGGAAUCUGAUCUCCAGGACAUGGAGGAGUCUUCAAAGUCCUUUUCAAAGCAUCACAGGUUUGUAACAUCUUGCAAUUAA